CAGAGGCUGUUGUCAAAAAGGGGACAGGGACUGACGGAGCAACGCUGCAACCACCGACGGGAGACUCCGGCGACUAGUUGCAUAUGUAAUUAACGUUUUUAAACAACUUACCCAUCUUAUGCACUCCGUUUUUAAAUCUUUAAAUCAAGACUUUUGAUGACGUUCGCGUUCAAAGGUGAAGAAGGUUAGUUUUGAUUUGAAUUAAGUUGCAUUGAAAGGGUCGGUAGAAAGGGUGGACAAUAGUGGCAACCUUUUUGCAGGAGUUUCUUUUAUAAACACGCAGAAGUGCACUUUAAUCAAACAUGAGUGCAGGCACCGUGAAGCAGGCCAUCCCGGCCGCACAUGUCGACCUUAAAUCGGCUCCUCUGAAGGAGAUCCCCGACGUCCUGGUGGAUCCGCGCACCAUGCGGCGGUACGCCAGGGGCCGGUUCCUGGGGAAGGGUGGCUUUGCAAAGUGCUAUGAAAUCACCGACCUGGAGACCAAGCAGGUCUUCGCCGGGAAAAUCGUGCCCAAGUCUCUGAUCCUGAAGCAGCACCAGCGGGAGAAGAUGACCUCGGAGAUCGCCAUCCACAAGAGCCUCGACCACGCCAACGUCGUCGGUUUCCACGGCUUCUUCGAGGACGACGACUUCGUGUUCGUUGUCUUGGAAAUCUGCAGAAGAAGGUCCUUGUUGGAGCUGCACAAGCGUCGUAAGGCUGUGACCGAGCCCGAGGCCCGCUACUACAUGACCCAGCUGCUGAAGGGGAUCCAGUACCUGCACAACAACAGAGUGAUCCACAGGGACCUGAAACUGGGCAACAUCUUCCUCAAUGAUGACAUGGAGGUCAAGAUAGGGGACUUUGGUUUGGCCGCUAAGAUCGAGUUUGACGGCGAGAGGAAGAAGACCCUGUGUGGAACGCCCAACUACAUCGCCCCCGAAGUGCUCUGUAAGAAAGGCCACAGCUAUGAAGUGGACGUCUGGUCGCUCGGGUGCAUAUUGUACACUCUGUUGGUGGGUAAGCCCCCAUUUGAGACCUCCUGUCUGAAGGAGACAUACAAUCGCAUCAAGAAGAACAACUACACCAUCCCCUGGCACAUCAACCCGUUGGCGACGUCUCUCAUCAAGCGGAUGCUGCAUGCGGAGCCCACCCAAAGGCCCACCAUCGCCGAGCUGCAAACGGACGAGUACUUCACCUCCGGCUACAUCCCCCUGAGGUUGCCCACCACCUGCCUCACCGUGCCCCCGCGGUUCUCCAUCGCCCCCUCCACAGCCGCAGAGAUCAACCAGAGACGCCCCCUGACGGCCAUCAACAACAAAGCCGGGACAGAGAAGGUGGAAGGGAAGGACGAGCAGAUGCCAAGGGACCCUGAGCCAGCAGAGUGCCACCUGAAAGAAAUGCUGCAGCAGCUCAACAGCAUCAUUGCCGCCAAGCCCUCCGAGAAGGCCGUCGUCUGCCAAGAAGAGGCAGAGGAUCCCGCGUGUGUUCCCAUCUUCUGGAUCAGCAAAUGGGUCGACUACUCUGACAAAUAUGGAUUAGGCUACCAGCUCUGUGACAACAGCGUGGGCGUGCUCUUCAACGACUACACGCGGCUGAUCAUGUACACCGACGGCGACAGUCUGCAGUACAUCGACAAGACGGCGCUCGAGUCCUACCUCAGCGUGCGCUCCUUCCCCACCGCUCUCAACAAGAAGAUAACGCUGCUGAAAUAUUUCCGCAACUACAUGAGCGAGCACCUGCUGAAGGCCGGCGCCAACAUGGCCCGGCGGGACGGAGACGAGCUGGCGCGUCUUCCUCACCUCUCCCUCUGGUUCCGCACCAAGAGCGCCAUCGUCCUGCACCUCACCAACGGCACCGUGCAGAUCAACUUCUUCCAGGACCACACCAAGCUGAUCCUGUGCCCGCUGAUGGGCGCCGUGACCUACAUCGACGAGAAGCGGGAGUUCCGCACCUACAAGCUCUCCCUGCUGGAGGAGUUCGGCUGCAGCAAGGAGCUGGCCAGCCGCAUCCGCUACGCCAAGCUCAUGGUGGAGAAACUGCUGGACAGCAAGCCUUUGCCCGCCGCACGCUAGAGCAGCUCACUCCUCAUCCUCAAUCACUGUCGUGUUUUUAUUUAAGGGUCACAGUAUAUAUAACAAUUCCUCCUCUAUGCGGCCGUACCAUCAAAAUAUGAAUCCCCAUUUUGUACAUGAUUGUUCUCUAAAGCCACUGAUUUUUUUUUUUUCUACUUUUUUUCCCCUGCUGUUAUAAACUUCUUGACUUUCUCGAUGAAGCCUAAUCUUGACAAACACGUUCUUGCUGACGUCAUCUAAAAUGGCUGCAGAUAAGCUUGACCCUGUACAUUCAAAUGAGACGAGGAGGGAAAAGACGGAUGUUAAGCGUUCAAAUUCCCAGAAUUCUCCUCUGCUCGUUUGAUUUUUAACUCCAAAGCCGAAUGGACGGAUGUCUGGUCUGCUUCUCUAAUGUUUGUCUUGUAUUUUUUUUAUCUGUUGUCUGUAGAGAGAUGGACCAUGUUAAUACGUCUUCAUCAUGCACAUUCUUCCUGUAGUUACUUUUACUCUCUUUUUAUAAUUCUAUUUUAGAUGUCUUGUCUUUCUCAACAAGAUGUGCAAACUUGUACAUACUGCUGAAUAUGCAUACAUGUUGUAAAGAUGGUUUAAUUUUACCCAAGUUUAAAUAAAGAUUCUCUUG